AUGCGUUCUUCGUAUGAAAGACUUCGAUGGGCGCACAAGCAGAUAGGCUACGAGCUUGGUUACACCAAGAAGCUAGAGCAGUUGGAGCAUGCGGUACUUAUAAACGCGAAGAUCACUGAGGCCAUCGCUAAGCUUGGGCGCAAUGAUUAUCGAGAACCGCUACGAGGUUCAUACCUCAGCUCUGGAGACACCUACGGUGACGUGGGCAGAGUAGGGGAGUCUCUGAAACAUUUUGUCAGAGACUGGAGUGAGGAGGGCAAGCAGGAGCGCACCACAAUAUUUGAUCCGAUACUCGAUCUCCUCAAGGAGGUAGAUGCUGAGUUGAGGCCGACGAAGAGAGUCCUUGUGCCAGGCUCUGGACUCGGUAGACUUGCAUGGGAGAUAUCUCAACUUGGUGUUGACAGGUUAUUCAACAACAGCGAAUGA